CUUAGCGUGACCUCUAUUGCAGUUGAAAACAUUUGGGAACCGAGCUUGAAUGAAUUGGUCAUUGAAAUAUAAUUGCAGCAGUUUGAUUUAUAAAUUAAUUAAUCUUAAAUAUCACCAACUUCAGAAAGGCUUAUGUGCUCCGCGCCGCUCGAUUUCCGACUCGGGGAGCUUAGUGUGACAGUUGUCGGCGUUAAGUCCAUUUCAGCACAACUGCAUCAACAUGGGGGUGAUCGGUGUGCAGCUGGUGGUUACUAUGGUAAUGGCCAGUGUAAUUCAGAAGAUCAUUCCUCAUUAUUCCUUUGCAAGAUGGCUACUCUGCAGUGGCAGUCUGCGGUGGUACCAGCACCCUACGGAAGAUGAGUUGAGGAGCCUUGCCGGAAAGCAACAAAAAACUAAGAGCAAGAAAGACCGGAGGAACAAUGGCCACAUAGAGAACAAGCCUCUGACCAUUCCCAAGGACAUAGACCUGCAGCUGGAGACCAAGUGCAUCACAGAAGUGGACACGUUAGCGUUGCACUACUUCCCAGAGUUCCAGUGGCUGGUGGACUUCACGGUGGCUGCCACAGUGGUGUAUCUGAUCACAGAGCUGUACUACACAGUGGCCCAGCCCUCUGGGGAGAUGAACAUCAGCGUGGUGUGGUGCCUGCUCGUCCUCGCCUUCGUCAUUAAGACCCUGUUCUCCCUGACGGCCUUCUACUUCAAGCUGGAGGAAGGUGGCGAGCGCUCGCUCUGCAUCACCUUCGCUUUCUUCUUUUUUGUCAAAGCCAUGGCCAUCCUCAUCGUCACUGAGAACUACCUGGAGUUUGGCCUGGAGACAGGUUUUGCAAAUUUCUCUGAAAGUGCCACACAGUUUUUGGAAAACCAGGGGUUAGAGUCCCAGGGUCCCAUAUCUAAACUCACCUUUAAGCUGAUCCUGGCCUUGCUCUGCUCUCUGAUUGGUGCAUUCCUCACCUUUCCCGGCCUACGAUUGGCUCAAAUGCACCUGGACGCCCUCAACCUGACCACAGCCAAAGUCACACAGACUUUGCUUCAUAUCAACUUCCUUUCCCCUCUUAUUAUGGUACUGCUGUGGGUGAAGCCUAUAACCAAGGACUACCUCCUGAAUCCUGCCCUGGGGAAGGAGAGUAUGCCUUUGAUGACUGAAGAGACCUAUGACACGUUGCGGUUGUGGGCCAUCCUGCUGCUGUGUGUACUGCGCCUGGCCAUGAUGAGGCACCACCUCCAGGCCUACCUCAACCUGGCCCAGAAGGGCGUGGAGCAGAUGAAGAAGGAGGCGGGACGCAUCAGCACCAUUGACCUGCAGAAGAUGGUGGCCCGUGUUUUCUACUACCUAUGUGUAAUCGCACUGCAGUAUAUGGCACCCUUGGUGAUGUUGCUGCAUACAACCUUCCUGCUAAAAACCCUAGGUGGACACUCCUGGGGGGUGUACUCUGAGGAAGACCUCCCCUGCCCAAUGGAGAUUAACUCUGACCCUGCUGUGGUUGCAGCAGCAACUGCAGCUCCAGGGCUGGCUGUGGUGGCCCAGGCAUCGGUGGUCCAGCUGUCGGUGGCCCUCGGGGGCCUGCGAACAGUGUUCACCCCCCUGCUUUUCCGUGGCCUCCUCUCCUUCCUCACCUGGUGGAUCGCUGCCUGCCUCUUUUCCACCUCCAUCUUCGGCCUCUUCUACCACCAGUAUCUCAUGGCGGCAUAGCAGCAUUCCCCCAGGGUCAGGGUGGUGUCCCACUGGGCUCUGUUCCAGCCCCGUUCAGAAACGACUGUGUGGGGCAGGGCUCUAAGGACAACCAUUCUCCUCUCCCACAGCCACGUCACUCAUGACCAUAUCUCCAGAGAACCCCUGGUUCACCCCCCAGUGCUUCCUUCAUGGAUGACUCUUAACUUGACUUUUACUACCUUUUUAUUUUGAGAGCAGGAUUCACAAAUCCUUAACAAAAAGACACUAAUAUAAAUGAGAGUAAAUGGUAAUAUUUAUGUGCGUACAGUCUUAAACAGAGCAGCAGAGAACCUUGUGGUGGUGGUGGUGGGGGGCUGUGGAUGUUGUAAAGGGAUGUGUGAACUAAAGCAGCCAAUAAGAGGUCACCACUGCGAUGCUUGUCCUACUGGAGAAGGAGGGGACACCUCACUGGGAGAGUCCCUGCUGAGAUCCCGUCACUUGAAACUGUUAAAUUUAAAUAUGUCUAACUGGCUACCAAGGACGAACAUGGGUUUUUAAAUGUACGUUCCUUAUGAUUUCUGAAAUAUUUUAUCCCCCCUUUACUGUCCCUGGUACAAACUGAGCCAUACUGGAAGAGCUGAGAGAAACGUGUGCCCCUUCUGACCAGUUGUGACGACAGUCAGGGAGGGCAGCAACACACAGGCCUUGGUCAAGGGAAUGGUACGUGUGAAUGUGAGUAAGAUCCCUGCUGUUAGGUUGGUGUACAACUAAAAGGGCAUUUUGAUCAAUAGGAGAAGUGUCAAGUCAAAUGCCAAUUGUAAGCUACAGCCUCUUUCCUCCACCCUCCCCUGUCCCCGUCCACCCCUUGUAGAGCCAGUAGGGAAACUACCAUUUUUAGGUCUUCUGUUUUUGUUUCAUGGAUCAAAUUGUGAAUUUAGAAAUGUGUUUUUAUUUGAAUGAGCUGCCAAGUAAGAGUGACCCCUCCAGUGGGCUGUAAGAUUUGAUGACUGAUAGUUUUACAGCAACAAUGCGGCCUUCUGUCUUCAGAGUCCCCAUGAGGAACCAAUAGAGCACAAGUGUGUACUCAGAACAAGAUAUGCACAAGUGUAUAUGUACAGACUUUCAUAGGCUUACUGACACUCUCUCACACACACACACACACACACACAUAGUCACAAGCUCAAACACAGGGAUAAUUGUCCAGCCCGUUCAGGAGUAAAGAACAGUUGUCUGGACAGAGUGGUAUACUACAUAGCACGGUCAAUGAGUUAGCCAGAUAACUUUGUCAAACAGUUUAUUUAAUGGUUCAUUGAGAAAGCUAAACAUAGAUACAGUACCAGUCAAAAGUUGGACACACCUACUCAUUCAAGGGUUUUUCUUUAUUCUUACAAUUUUCUACAUUGUAGAAUAAUAGUGACGACAUCAAAACUAUGAGAUAACACAUGGAAUUAUGUAAUAACAAAAUAAGUGUUAAACAAAUCAAAAUAUAUUUCAGAUUCUUCAAGGUCGCCACCUGUUGCUUUGAUGACAGCUUUGCACACUCUUGGCAUUCUCUCAACCACCUUCACCUGGAAUGCUUUUCCAACCAUCUAGAGUGAGUUUCCACAUAUGCUGAGCACUUGUUGGCUGCUUUUCCAUCACUCUGUGGUCCAACUCAUCCCAAACAAUCUCAAUUGGGUUGAGGUUGGGUGAUUGUGGAGGCCAGGUCAUCUGAUGCAGCACUCCAUCACUCUCCUUCUUGGUCAAAUGGCCCUUACACAGCCUGGAAGUGUGUUGGGUCAUUGUCCUGUUCAAAAACAAAUGAUAGUCCUACCAUGCUUCACGGUGGGAGCCACACAUGUGGAGAUCAUCCGUUCUACUCUGCGUCUCACAAAGACACGGCAGUAGGACAGAUUUCCAUCGUUCUAAUAUCCGUUGCUCGUGUUUCUUGGACCAAGCAAAUCUUUUCUUAUUAUUGGUGUCCUUUUAGUAGUGGUUUGUUUGCAGCAAUUCGACCAUGAAGGCCUGAUUCACACAGUCUCCUCUGAACAGUUGAUGUUGAGAUGUGUCUGUUACUUGAACUCUGAAGCAUUUGUUUUGGCUGCAAUCCGAGGUGCAGUUAACUCUAAUGAACUUAUCCUCUGCAGCAGAGGUAACUCUGGGUCUUCCAUUCCUGUGGCGAUCCUCAUGAGAGCCAGUUUUAUCAUAGCGCUUGAUAGUUUUUGCGAUGGAACUUUUUAUAUAUUUAAAAAACACUUUUACCCCUUUUUCUCCCCAAUUUUGUGGUAUUCAAUUGGUAGUUAGUCUUGUCUCAUCGCCGCAACUCCUGUAAGGACUCGGAGAGGCUUAUGUCGCGAGUCAUGCGUCCUCCUUAACACCCCAACCAAGCCGCACUGCUUCUUGACACAAUGCCCUCUUAACCCGGAAGCCAGCCACACCAAUGUGUCGGAGGAAACACUGUACACCUGGCAACCUUGUCAGCCUGCAUGUGCCUGGCCCGCCACAGGAGUUGCUAGAGCACGAUGGGACAAGGACAUCCCUGCCGGCCAAACCCUCCCUUAACCAGGACAACGCUGGGCCAAUUGUGUGCUGCCCCAUGGGUCUCACAGUCGUGGCCGGCUGACUCAACCCAGUAUCUCUAGUGGCACAGCUAGCAACUGCGAUGCAGUACCUUAGGCCACAGCGGCACCCGCUGCCACUACUGAACUUGAAGAAACUUUCAAUGUUCUUGAAAUGUUCCCGGAUUGACUGACCUUUAUGUCUUAAAGUAAUGAUGGAUUGUCGUUUCUCCUUGCUUAUUUGAGCUGUUCACUGCAAAGGGUGGCUACUUUGAAGUAUCUCAAAUAUAAAAUAUAUUUUGAUUUGUGUUUCCCUUUUUUGGUUACUACAUGAUUCCAUGUGUUAUUUCAUAGUUUUGAUGUCUUUGCCAUUCUACAAUGUAGAAAAUAGCAAAACUUCAGAAAAACCAUUCCACGAGUAGGCGUGUCCAAACUUUUGACUCGUACGGUAUGUUUUUGGAUGUCGAGUACGUUAGACCGUGCCCAUUUCAAGCUUUUAAAGAGCGGUCAAAAGUCUUCACUUGUUCUUAUUUAUUUGAAAGGUGGAGAGUAUGCACACUAUGAAUGUAUCAAUCCUGCCUAAUUUCAGAUGUUUCUUUGUGAUGAUAAGAGCGUCUGCUAAAUGACUUAAAUGUAAAAAUGAUAAAUUAUUGGUAUGUGAUUUUAAUUUGUACCCUCAACGGUUAAUGACUGCACUUGGCUCCUAUUCCUAGCCCUAUGCCUCGUGAUUAGGUCAACAGAAGAUUCUUUUUUUUUUACCUCUGAACACCAUGUUUUCUUUUGUGACCAACUUAUUUAGUUUUGUCAUUUUUCUUUUUCAGAGGGGGGUUACAAGCACUAAAACAAUCAAAUAAAAGAAUAUGAAGCUGACCCAUCCCCCUCCACCCGCCCACAUCCUCCCUACCCACUCGGAAACUGGGUUUUAAGUUCAAUAUAUUUUGGGGCCUGUAAAAAAAUAUAUAUAAUCUUAACACCAAACAUUGUAUUAUUGGACUAUGAUGUUUUCAAUCAGUUCAGAAACGUGUACAAGACAAAUCGCAUCUUUUUUAGAUAUAUAUUUCCCCUGAUAUGUCAAAAGUAGCUGGGAUACUUUUACAAUCCAUUGGCCAAAAAGGUGUUGUUUGCCUUGUCUGUCACCACUUUAGUGUUUUUAUUUAGUUAAAAAGUAUUACUAUUCCUCCAUGUAUUUAUUUUUUUCUGGUUUAGUUUGUCUUUAAUAAAUUCCAAUCAUUACCAUGUG